AUGGCCCAAAAGCUGGAUGCUAAGGGUGGUGAGAAAGGUGAUUUAUGGGAUGAUGGUGUUCACGAAAAUGUUAGAAAAGUUUGUGUAGGGCAAGGCCAAGAUUGUAUAUCCUUCAUCAAGUUUGAGUAUGUCGAUGGUUCUCAAGUGGUUGUUGGAGAUGAACAUGGAAAACACACAUUUGAGGUUGAUGCAGAUGACUACAUCAUAUACGUGGAAGCUUUCUGUGAGAAAAAAACUGAAGAGACUAUCGUGGCUCUAAAGUUUGCGACUUAUAAAGGGAAAACCAAUCAGGAGUUCCAGACGAGUCCGGGGGUAAAGUAUGUUCUCCAAGGUGGCAAAAUCGUUGGGUUUCACGGGCGUUCGUCCGAUGUUCUACACUCUCUUGGAGCCUAUGUUUCUUUCCCAUCCACUCCUGAAUUGCUUGGAAAGUGGGCUAAGUGUGCGACUCCAGGAGAAUCGCUUAGCGCAAGAGGAGGAGCCGGGCUCGAAGUAGUGGAAGGAAAGGUUUGGGUUGUUUAUGGGUUCGACGGAUGUGAAGUAGAUGAUGUUCAUUACUACGACCCUGUUGAAGACAAGUGGACACAAGUGGAGACAUAUGGUGAGAAGCCUUGCGCGAGGAGCGUUUUCGCAAGUGCGGUUGUUGGGAAACACAUUGUGAUAUUUGGAGGUGAGAUAGCGAUGGAUCCACAAGCUCACGUGGGUCCGGGACAAAUGACCGGUGGGACCUUUGCGCUGAAUACCGAGACAUUAAAGUGGGAGAGGUUGGAUAAGUUAGGUGAAGAUGAGGAGACUCCGAACGUCAGAGCAUGGUCCGCUUCCACAAGUGGUACCAUUGAUGGUAAGAAAGGGCUGGUGAUGUUUGGUGGAAAAGCUCAGACCAAUGCCCGGUUUGAUGAUCUCUUCUUUUACGGGAUUGACUCUGCUUAA